AUGGACUCCCCCGCAGCCAACACAGCAACCGCCAUCCGGAAGGAGUCCAGCUCCGACGGCGAGACAGGAACUCCAUGUGUCCCUGCCAUCGCUACUCCUUCCGAUUCUCUUCGCAAGACGACGGGAGGAACGGCUUCAUCCGCCUCUUCGGAGUUCGUGCGCAGUCCCGACAGCAACAAAGAAGCUGCUGAGCAAGAACCCGAGUCCGAGCGGCUGUACAUCAAGCCGGAAUUGGAGGUCGAAGACGUCGAGAAAUAUUGCCUCGGCGGCUUUCAUCCGAUCGACCUUGGCGACACUCUCGACGGCCGCUGGCUGGUCCGCAAUAAGCUGGGCCAGGGCGGCUUCUCGACCGUCUGGCUCUGCAAGGACCUGAAGAACAACGUUUGGCGCGCUGUCAAGGUCGUCACGGCCUACGCUUCAGGUAGGUUUGGCUGCCGGAUAGACUUUCACCCAGAGGUGUGGAUUCCCUCGACCCUAGAUGAAGCAAUGUGGACUGAGAGGGAGAGAGAUACCUGGGACAAGCACAUCCUGAGGGUCCUCGAGACAUUUUGGAUCGAGGGCCCCAACGGAAGACACUUAUGCUUCGUUUACCCCGUCCUGGGCCCCUCGAUGUAUGACAUCUGGCCGCUCUACACGAACGAGAAGGAGCUGCUCAAGGACUAUCUGUUCCAGAUCUGUAUCACCGUCCUUCUUCUGCACACGUACGAUAUUGUCCACGGUGACAUCAAGUCUAAGAAUGUGAUUCUCAAGGCUACCGGCAUCGAGACUCUGAGCGGCGAGGAGAUCGUGGAGGAGUUCGGCCUGCCCGUCACCGAGGAGCUGCGGUCGGCGACAAAGGAGCCUACAGACUGCCAUGCCCCUCGCCGGGUUGUCUUGCCCACGUCGCUCGACUUCAGGUCCAAGUAUGUUGAGAAGGAGAUCGUCCUCUCCGACUACGGCUGUGCAAGAUUCAUCUACGAGCCACAGGAACGCUCCCAUGGCUUCUCCGGGUACUUUGCCUCGCCUCAGAUGACGCUCGAUAGAUGGUGCGCGGGCGACAAGAGCGACACCUGGGCGGUCGGCUGCACCAUCAUGGACAUGUUGAUCGAGCCGCCGUUCAACUGGUUCAACGUUCUGCAGUACACCAACGAGAUCGAGGACUACAUGGGGCCCAUGCCCACGUACUACCGGGACCUGUGGCUGGAGCAGUACGGGCAGGAGAACUACUACCUCGGCGACCUGGAAAAGGUGGAGGACGGGACGGAGUGGCGGGAGGUGCAGUGGAAGUUGACGCCGCAGCAACUCGAUGAACUGCGAGACGCCGUCGCGGAGUGGCACCAGCGCGGCCUCGAGACGUCCUUUGAUAUGCUGAAACGUGAGCGGGACCGCAUCGGCAACAACCGGUCGGACCCCGUGUCCAUGUCGCACGAGGAGUGGGAUAAGAUCCGCGAAAAGCGGCGCGAGGAAACCGGGUUCUCGGACAUCAUCACCUGUGCGCUGACGCAAGCUGUGUUCCUCGUGCCAGAGGGCGAAGUUGGUAAGAUUGAAGAAAUUCCCUGGGAUUGCACCUUGGGUGGCAGUGUCGAGCAGACUGAUCAGCUCGCUCAGCAAGAAGAUUCCGAUUCACAUUCCGACUCCGACUCCGAGUACAAGUACACAGGUCUCACACGGAGCGAGAUUCGCGAGAUAGCCGACCUUAUGCGUAUUAUCUUCACCUGGGAGCAGGAGGCCACUCUCGUUGACGUUAUGAAGCACUCAUGGUUCGGGACUCGGUACAAGGACUGGCACGGGUAUUGGAAGGAGCGCAUGGACGCUGCGUGGCGAUUGCGGCAAAUGGAGAUGGAGGAGGAUCGCAGACUUGCUGCUGAUGAAUCGGCAAGUGUGAGGGGCUUACUGGAGUCUGAGUCUGAUGCUUCUUCUUGGGAGUGCGUGUCGGAACUGUCGAGCUCUGAUAGGGAUGCCCUUUUAGCACAAUCGAGCGUGUCCGCUGGUUCUGCGGUCACGAAGCGGUCAAAGCCUGGCUUGCUCUGGAGAGCCGGCGCCGCUCUGUUCCGGUUCGUGGCGCUCGUCAAGUGCUGA